GCAUACCAUCCAAUAUAAAGCUAAGUCAAGUUCCACUACAUCUUGUACGGUAAAGUCUAUUCCCCAUAGUCUAUACCUCCUUAGUCUACUUUGAUAUUAUAGUGUCCUACUCUUUAUAAUGGCACCGCAUGCAACUCAAGUCAGCGCCGAGACCCUUGCUUAUCAGGGCACGGGGCUAGAAGCCUUCGACGAGCUAGCUCUAAACCAAACACACUUGGGGUUACUCCACCAGGCCCAUUCUAUGUGGUGUGGUGAUUCGUGCCGCAAGGACAUCGACUGUACUUUCCUACACUUCAUUGACCCAUUCCACUGGGCCGAACCCCCAAACCCUGAUGAACCUAUUCCUAGUCCUUUACGACAUCCCUAUAAUAAGGAUACGGCCCACUUGCUCACUCUUAUGAAUGGCAAGGGCUAUCAGUCGGGUAUCUCUCAGAAACACGAAAUCAACUUCUGGCCUUUAGUCGAGGCAGCCAUACGCAAAAUCGAUGGCAUCCGAGAACACAGCAACCUGUUAUACUGCGACUACACAGAUUGGACGAAGAAACAUGACCCAAACCCCGCGCUCACCAUUCAAUGCACUGCCCGUGAUACAUUGCAAUGGUUAGGCAUGUGGGUUGGCGGCGCUUUCGAUAGUUCGCUCGCAGGCGUACGCAUCGUAUCCUUCACCGUGAUUCCAGACGAAAUAUGCAUUCCUCCUCUCGAUCUCAUCCAUCAACGCUUCCGUAUGUACGGCCGUUCUUUCCGAGACCUCAUAGAGGAAAUAACCGAGGAGGGUUGGGGUCAAGACGCUACUCGAAUCCUCUUGUCCACCCUUCGACAAUAUUUCUUCCAAUACUUAGAGAAGGUUGAGUUCGAGGACAACGCUAGAGGUGGCACCGGUAUCCACGCCCUAAUGGGCCGACGCGAAGGCGUGUGGGAUAGUAUCGUAUACCGAACUCAUACCGCCGGCACCUAUCCUUGUGUCGUAGUAUGCUGUCGUAUCCUCGGCCUCGACACACUCAAGGAAGACUGGCUCCUUGCUUCUUCCAUCAAUAACGCCAUCUCAAUGGACUUGUCCAAAUCGACCCUUCGAGUCUACAAACAAGAUAACUUCCAACCGACCGCUAGCUAUUCGAAAGACGCAAGCCAGAAAGAAUUGGAGGUUCGGCGAGCGACCGGAUACCAUUCGGUAUACCUCGAUCUAUUGGAUGAUAUGGUGAAUACGGGUUGCCCGACUGGUGUAACACACUUUGCCAGCUCGGGGUUCCUAUAUGUUCCGGUGCAUCACCGAUACCUGGAACGUAGCAUGGGCUUCCGAUUCCUCCCAAUUCACAAGACCAUGAUGGAUGAGAUAGGACGUAUUUUCGGAGAUAAUCCGAGUGAUGCGUGGCUGGACGGUAUCUACCGCCUACGCUUGCUCACGGCCGCCGACAAAGCAAAGAGGCCGGCCGGAUUUGAAUCUACCUUAUGCCCAGACUUGCUUGCCGCAUGUGAGAAACGUCAAGAGAAGCGCAAGUCUGAUAUGAACCUCAAUUCUCGGACGACCAACGAUUGGGUGGCUGCCGUUCAUGGGCUAGCGAAAGAGGCCAAUACCCCAGACGAACUACAGAACUUGCUAGUCCCAUCGCGACUUUCGGCCGAUCAAUUACGCGGUAUUGGUUCACUGGACGAUAUCUGGGCGCUCUGUGCUGCCUGCAAAGCCGAUUGCAGCGACGACUGCGAAUGGCUAGCUUUCGCAAAGUACACCUGGAAACAUGUCUGUACCAAUCACGUCGCCGCCUGAGAGCGCCAUAUAAUAGAAAUCCGGUUCAGGUACAAUGUCCAUGGACUAUAGAAGCGAUUGAUAUCCAGGGAAGAAGUUCUCCGAGGUCACGGAUAGAAAAUAAGAAAAAAGAGAGAAAGUUAUGGUUAGUAUGUUCAGCAAGAUCAUUUAGGUAACAGACGACGUUUGAUUGAGGCUCAAUAGGUUUACUCAGCUUGUAG